GACGCGCAGUACGCUCGGCGCGUAUCAAUAUCAAUAGUAAAUAUUAAAAACAUUAUAAAUCCCAGCCGAAUACGAUCGCUUUCGACAGUUGUCAACACACAUCCGCAACGCACUGACUUGAUACUCGUAUGGCAACGCAAGCAGUUACCGAAAUACUCGCUACCGGCGCGUUCAACCAGUCGCGAUCAGCAAUAAUUGAGCGUACUUUUAACAAUCGAGUUCAUCGCGCCGGCGAUACAGCACUUCCAACACAAUCGAAUUUGCAGCGUACUGAAGGCGUAAUCGUGCUGGCGAAAACAACGUGGAUGGGCGGUUUAAAGUCGUUGUUGGAACACAAUCCAUACACGCGCUGGCAUAAUGUAGUUGAUAACAAUUUACGCGUUUGUCCUAAAUUGCAACGAACAACGCGCGGCAGGACACCGGAGUAUUUAGUCAAAUAGUUUAUAACAACUUAACUGUGAUAAUGAAGGAAAACCAGAAAGAAAACCAGAAGUUCACACGUGCAUUGUGUGCAUCAAUGCCGCCAGCUCAGUAUCAGUGAACAUUGACGAGCGCACCCCGCUGAUAAGCAGCAACAGCAGUGCAGGAAGCAGCAGCGGCGGCAACAACAACAUCCGCCGCCCCCAAUACGGCAGCAUUCAUCGGCGCUCAGAGCACAAUCAAUUCAGUUGGUUGCUUGUGACUGCCUUGUUUAUAUUCUUCUUCACUGGCAUCGGCAUUGCCACAUAUCUGCUCUUCAACGAGGGUGUCGUUUUCACACCGGAAAUCUACAAGUUCGUCGGGCGUGAGGAAUGGAACGCAUCAUCGAGCGGCGGGCCGCUGUUUACGAUAAGCGUGCCGGCGGACAGCGUCAUACUCACCGACACGCGCGCAGCGCAUUGUGAUAGAUUACCGGUUUGCGCCGGACUGAUAAAAAACCUUCAGCGUCAAUCGAUGACGGAUAUUAAGUAUAAUUUUUUAAUCGACGACACUGGAACGGUCUAUGAAGGACUCGGAUGGUAUCAGACUCUUGAAGAGCAUGAAGGACGACCAAUUUUUGCACUUAUUGGGAAUUAUAUGACAAGCCCAACUCCAACAAAUGAUCAGAUUGUUGCGUUGAAGAUCCUUUUGAAAUUCGCAGAGGAUCAUCAUGUGCUUAUGCCUUGCAGUGCCUUGAAAGUCGCUGCUGAGGAUGAAAACAAAGCGACUUUGCGUAGCUUGGCGGAGAUGUUACAAGUGGAGGCGUAUAAUGAAUGCAUCGGAUGAUUUGAUGCUCGUUUUGUUUUACUGGGUUAUCGUGACAAUCGACAUCUAAACCAGGAUUGAGUCCAUGAAAUGUCUCAAAUUGUAACAAUUGCAUGAUGCUAAAUAGCAUCAAUUGGAGUGGUGCUCAUUGAUUCAUCUUAAUUUAUUUGUUGGAACUGAAUACAUACUUGUCUACUUGUGAUAAUAAAUUAAUGAAAAUAUUUUUUUUAUUAUUACAAAUCCUUUUAUCGAUUGUGAUUUUUAUUGACGCAUGAUAAGUAUAGAAUUUACUAGAACGACGCGAAUUUACUUACACGACAGAACACUGUGAUGACUGCGCACCAUUAUUUUAUACUGCGACCUACCCGCUUAAAGUAGUGGAGGCAAAGCUGGAGUUAUGUGUAUGUGGUGUUCACGCACUGCUUGAACGGACAGAGGGGGGAAAAGGACUUUGACAAAGCUGUACUUUGAGAUUAGUUGUAGUAAAGAUAGUAACUAUAUUAACAAAAGUGCGAAUUUAAACAAAAUUGCUGUUUUAAAAGCAUCGUGGGUGAAUAAAUGUAUCAAUGAUAAAACGCUUUGCUAUAUAACGCACAAUACGCACAAAACGCGCUCCUAUAAAAUUGUUACGACCACCUUUUGGUUAUUAUUGUUGUGAUAAGAUAAAACUAUUACCAAUGGGCGUAGUAAUAUUUACCAUCAGCAGACGUUCAAGGCGAUACUAACUGCUUUUGACCUUUUAGCCCAAAAACGACCGUGAUUAGGUUUAGUAUAUAUUCAAUAAAUUUAGUAUUCCUCCGAACUUCAAAGAAGCAGCUACUUUCCUACAGAAAACCUCUUCUAUGUCAGAAGUCCUAACCGACGAGAACGACAACAAAAUUUGCUGCUUGGAAAAAUUAUAAAUCUCCCACUAAAAUUGCUUGUUUAUCCACUUGAAGCCAAUCAACCUACAUUGCGCUUAAUAAAUGCUAUUAUCGCAAGUGGACGUGGAACAACACUGGUCAAACUGGUAUUUCUUCUUGUCUCAAUCACUCUUUGUGCUAUUAUUCUUUAUAAAUUAAAACAGCUUGUUCACGGUUUGCACUACUUAUAUUAAAAUGGAAGAUCAAUUCCAAUACAAUGAGAAUACUUACGAGCUCUUUGUCAAGAAAGCAACCGAGUUCAAGCCGUACCCCGGUGGUGUCGGCAAAUUUUACUAUGAUCGACUCGUCCAAAUUGCCACACAAGAUGAAACCAUUGUUGCACAGAUUGAUGCUGCAACAGGCACAACACAAACAUUCAAGCAACUUCUGGAUGCAUCAAAAAAACUAGCGCAAUACAUGCGUUCAGUUGGAAUAAAACCAGGAGACAACAUCACAAUGUGCUCAUACAAUCACAUAAACAGUGAAGUUGUAAUGGUUGCUGCAUUAUUUGUUGGUGCUGUCAUGUCCUCAACUGAUCCAAUGUUGUCAGUGGAAGAUUCUAAAUAUUUACUGAACAUGGUCAAACCAAAACUGCUCUUUGUUUCGGAUGGAUCUGAGGAGCUAAUUGAAACUUGUGUUGAUGCAAUUCAAUUAAAAACAGAGAUCAUAUCAGUUUCUUUAAGUUCUCAUAAUGAAUAUGACACUAUUGAACAGAUCUUGAAAAGAACGACAAUGGAGAAAGAUUUUGAACCAUUUCUCGUCGAAGAUUUAAGCACAAUAUGUUCAAUUCUUUUUAGCAGUGGCACUACAGGACUUCCAAAGGGAAUUUGUUUAAGUCACAAUACUAUUUUGGCUCCUCUAUCAAUAUUUCCCGCAGUAAUAUUAAACUGGGUAAUAUUGAACUAUGCAACGUUCUAUUGGAUUUCUUGCGUGUUCAACCUGGCAAUGUCAAUACAAAUGGGUUCCGCAAGAUUAUUAAUAAAACAAUUUAAAAAGGAAAAUCACUGGGCUAUUUGUGCUAAAUAUAAUGUGGUAUACAUGAUUCUGUCCAAUACAAUAUUCAUGGAAGCAGGAAAUUAUCUCCCUGACAAUUCUGAACUACCCAGUCUCAAAUUUGUUGUUAUUGGAGGUGGAAUAGUCCCAGAAAAGGUCUUAACCACCUAUUAUGAGAAGUUGCCCAAUGUACAAGUAGGAUAUUUGUAUGCUUUGACAGAAGCAGGUCUUGUAGCAAAGUAUGAAGUUGGAGAUAAAAUUGGUUCAAACGGUAGACCUGUUGCAGUCAAUCAAACUAUACGGAUUGUAGAUCCAAACACUGAAGAAAAUCUUCCCUUGACUCAAACCGGCGAGAUACGUGUGAAGCAAGCAUACCAAAUGGCAGGUUAUUACAAGAUGGACUCCAAGGACGCGUGGGACGCGCAAGGAUUUCUAAAAACUGGCGAUUUGGGAUAUUUAGAUAAGGAAUACAAUCUUUAUGUCGUGGACCGCAUUAAAGAGAUGUUCAAGUAUCGCAGUUGGCAUGUCGUGCCAGCUAAGAUUGAGAAUGUGCUUAGUUCACAUCCGGAUGUACUUUACGCUAUCGUCAUUGGCAAACCUACAUAUAACGAGGAUGAAAAUCAUGCGAUGGCGAUCGUUUGUCUGCAUGAGAAAGCACAGACUAGCGCUGCAGAGUUAGAGGCUUUUGUUAAUCAGCGAAUGGAUAAUUUAAAUCAAAUUCGUGCUGGUGUCAAAAUCAUUGACAGAAACGAGAUUGAGUUUACGCCUACAGGGAAAAUUAACCGAAGAUCUUUAAAGAGUAAAUUUAAAUCGAGGAGACAGAGGAAGUGCACACUCUAUAAAGAUGAUUCACUUUAUUAUAUAAACGUAUUGUGCCCCAAUUUGUUGGUUUAUUCCUGUUUUCCCGUCUGGCAUUAUCAAAAUGGGUCAAUAUUUUUAAUCAACGCAAAAUUUCUUAUUAAAUCUAAAUUAUUUUGUUAUUUAGAUAAAUUCCAAUAUAAUGAGCAAUCUCACGAACUCUUCGUCAAGAGAGAAACCGAAUACAAGCCAAACCCAGGAGGUCUCGGCAAAUACUAUGAUCGACUCAUUCAAAUCGCCACCCAAGAUGAAACCAUUGUUGCUCAGAUUGAUGCAUCAACAGGCACAACACAAACAUUCAAGCAACUUCUGGAUGCAUCAAAGAAACUAGCGCAAUACAUGCGUUCAGUUGGAAUAGAACCAGGGGACAACAUCACAAUGUGUUCAUACCAUCACAUAAACAGUGAAGUUGUAAUUAUUGCUGCAUUAUUUGUUGGUGCAGUCGUGUCCUCAACUGAUCCAAUGAUAUCACUGGAAGAUUCUAAAUAUUUACUGAAUAUGGUCAAACCAAAACUGCUCUUUAUUUCUGAUGGUUCUGAAGAGCUAAUUGAAACUUGUGUUGAUGCAAUUCAAUUGAAAACAAAGAUCAUUUCAGUUUCCUUGAGUUCUCAUAAUGAAUAUGACACUAUUGAACAGAUUUUGAGCAACACAACAAUUGAGAACAAUUUUAAACCGUUUCUUGUUGAUGAUUUGAGUACAGUUUGUUCAAUUCUGUUUAGCAGUGGAACAACAGGACUACCAAAAGGAAUUUGUGUGACCCAUAAUACUAUUUUGGCUCCUCUAUCAAUAUUUCCUGCAGCAAUAUUAAACUGGGUGAUAUUAAAUUAUGGAACGUUCUAUUGGAUCUCUUCCGUGUUCAACCUGGCAAUGUCAAUUCAAAUGGGAUCCGCAAGAUUAUUAGUAAAGCAAUUUAAAAAAGAUGCUCAUUGGUCAAUUUGUGCAAAAUAUAAUGUGGUCUACAUGACUCUAUCCAAUACAAUCUUCAUGGAAGCAGGGAAUUUUCUCCCUGACAACACUGAACUACCCAAACUCAAAUGUGUUGUUGUGGCAGGUGGAUCAGUCCCAGAAAAUGUUUUCACCACCUAUUAUAAAAAGUUGCCCAAUGUACACGUAGGAUAUUUGUAUGGUUUGACAGAAGGUGGUCUUGUAUCAAAGUAUGAAGCUGGAGAUAGAAUUGGUUCAAAUGGUAAACCUGCUGCCCUCAAUCAAACUAUCAGGAUUGUAGAUCCAGAUACUGAAGAAAAUCUCCCCUUGACUCAAACGGGUGAGAUUCGAGUGAAGCAAGCACAUCAAAUGGCAGGUUAUUACAAGAUGGACUCCAAGGACGCGUGGGAUUCCCAAGGAUUUCUAAAAACUGGCGAUUUGGGAUAUUUAGAUAAGAAUUACAAUCUUUAUUUCGUGGAUCGUAUAAAAGAGAUGUUCAAGUAUCGCAGUUGGCAUAUCGUGCCUGCGAAGAUUGAAAAUGUGCUUAGUUCUCAUCCGGAUGUACUUUAUGUAAUCGUCAUUGGCAAACCUACAUAUGACGAGGAUGAAAAUCAUGCGAUGGCGAUCGUUUGUUUACAUGAGAAUGUACGUACUAGCGCUGCGGAAUUGGAGACCUUUGUUAAUCAACGAAUGGAUAAUUUAAAUCAAAUUCGUGCUGGUGUCAAAAUCGUUGAUAGAAACGAGAUUGAGCUUACGCCUACUGGGAAAAUUAACCGAAGAUCUUUAAAGAGUAAAUUUGCUUUGUUAUUGUUAUGAGGUCACAAUUGU